AUGCCGUCCGGGUUCAGCAUGAAGCUGAGGAAGCAUAUCCGCACCCAGAGACUGGAAGACGUCCGGCAGGUGGGCAUGGACAGGGUCGUCGACUUCAAGUUCGGCAGCGGGAAAGCGUCCAACCACGUCAUCCUCGAGCUCUACGCGUCAGGUAACAUCAUCCUGACAGACUCCAAGUACGAGAUCCUCGACCUCUUAAGGACGCACAUCUACGAAGGCCAGGGCGGCGGGGCCGGCGGCGGCGGCGGAGACAACGUGAGAGUCGCGGUGAGGCAGAUCUACCCGAUGGAGCUCGCCACCACUCAGGAGGGAACGACAGCGGUACCGCCACCGCCACCUUCUUCGUCCUCGGACGGAGCGGCUGCGGCGGCUUCUUCUUCGUCCGUGGAGGAUUCCGCCGCGAGCGGCGGCCGGGUGGCGGCGCCAGAAGACCAGCAGCGGGAAGAAGAGGCACCGGGAGCGUUCGUCAACGGCACGCCGCUCGAGGUCGGGGUGCGGCGGAUGAGCGAGUGGCUAGAGCGCGCUGCAGCGGCGGCGGCAGCGCCUCCCCCGGUUCUUGCUGCCCCGCUCCCGCCCGCUCCUCCAGUCGGCGCGACGGACGCCGGAGUGGAUAAGCCCGCCGCCGUUGCCGCCGCCGCUGCCGCCGCCGGGACAAACGGCGGAGGUGGUGGCGGGAAGAAGAAGGGCGGCGGCACCAAGAGGCCGAAAAAGGCGACGCUCAAGCAGGCGCUGAUGCAGAAGGGUUCCGGGGUGUCGGUGUACGGGCCCUCGAUCAUCGAGCACUGCGUGCUGGCGGCGGGGCUGAGGCCCAACGCCAAGCUUACACCAGACGGCGGCAGCGGUGGCGUCCAUGGAGCAGCAAUGGCAUGCACGGCAGCAGCAGCAGCAGCAGCGGCCGGUGUGGCUGGGGCUCCUGAGUGUAGUGGGAAAGGCGGCGAGCUGCGUGCGGGUUUGUCCAAGGACGAGGUGCGGGAUCUGGUCGUUGCGCUCGGAGGGGCGGAGGCGAUCGUCCAGCAGCUCGACCGCCCCGGGCAGCGGGGCUACAUCCAGUGCAAACCCCUGCCGGCACCGGCACCGGCGGCACCGGCGGCGGCGGCGGCGGCGACGGCCACACAGGGAGGAGGGCGGGGGGAGGAGGAGGAGGGCGAGAGGAAAGUGAAGCAGGGCGAGACGGAGGAGGAGGAGGGCGGCGACCACGUGGUCUACGAGGAGUUCUUGCCGCAGCUCUUGGCUCAGCACGAGGGCGGCGCGGUGAUCCACUCCUUUGCGUCGUUCGAUCAGGCCGUUGACGCGUUUUUCGGCCGCAUCGUGGAGCAGAAGCUUAAGCAGACGGCGAUGGCGGCCGAAGCGGCGGUGGAGAGGAAGGUGGCGUGGAUCAGGAACGACCAGGAGCGGAGGGUGCUCGCCCUGGAGGAGCGUCAGGAGAAGAUGCUCCGGCACGCGCAGCUCGCCGAAGCCUGGGCGGACGAAGUGGAAAAGGCGCUGAUGGUGGUCCGGAGCGCCCUGGCUAACGGCAUGGACUGGCAGGACCUGGAGGAUCUGGUCAAGGCCGAGACAGCCAACGGCAACCCCAUAGCCUCCCUCAUCCACGAGCUGCGGCUCGAUCGAAACCAGGCGAGCGUCGUUCUGUCCCUCCCUAGUGCUGAGGAUGGCGAGGACGACCAGCUGGUGGAGGUGGACAUCAUGCUCUCGGCCCACGCUAACGCCCGCGUCAUGUACGAGAACAAGAAGCUCGCCAGGGCGAAGGAGCUCAAGACUCUCACGGCUUCGGAGAAAGUUCUCAAGAUCGCCGAGCAGCAGGCGGAGAGGACCCUGCAGCGUCAGGCGCACAAGCGGAGCCUCCAGGUGGCUCGCAAGGUGUACUGGUUCGAGAAGUUCAACUGGUUCAUCUCGUCCGAGAACUACCUCGUCAUCAGCGGCAGGAACGCCCAGCAGAACGAGGUGGUGGUGAAGAAGUACCUGAGGCCCGGAGACAUCUACGUGCACGCCGACCUCCACGGCGCCUCCUCAUGCGUCGUCCGGAACAAGGACCCUUCCGGCAAGAGGGCGGUGUCGCCUUUGGCCCUGGAAGAGGCGGGCUGCAUGACCGUUUGCAGGAGCGGGGCGUGGGGGGCUAAGAUGGUCACGUCGGCGUGGUGGGUCUACGCUGAUCAGGUUAGCAAAACCGCGCCUACGGGAGAGUACCUCGUCACCGGUUCCUUCAUGGUCAGGGGACGCAAGCACUUCCUGCCUCCCCGGGCCCUGGAGAUGGGCUUCGCUCUCCUCUUCAAGCUCGACGACUCCUGCCUGGCGGCGCACGCGGGGGAGCGGCGAGAGAAGCUCACCAACGCCGAGGAGGAGGGGGAGGAGGGGGGGGAGGGUGUUGCCGGCGGGGCAAGGGCAAGGGGUGGAGGCAGCGGUGUCGGCCGACAGGGGGACGAAGGCGGGGAUAGUGAUGGGGCGGGAGGAGAGGUGAAGAACGGCGACAGAAGGGCUGCCCGCUUCGACGCGCCCGUAGGACUCGACGGCAAGCGAGGGGACGGUACGACGGCCGACGACGCUAACGGCGGCGAGAACGACGCGGCCAAACGCAGAGCGGCCGCCCUUGCUGCGUUGGCGGGAGGAAGGAGCACCGGCGGCGGCGGCGGCGGCGGCGGUGGGGGCUCGAAGCUAACUUGGGCGGCAACGUGGGCCCCCCCCGGGGGGCGGGGAGAGCGAGGAGGAGGGGGCGAGGCGGACCAGAGGUUGGUGGCGGCACCUGAAGCCCCCAAGAAGAGAAUGUCGGCAAAGGAACGCAAACAGGCCAAGAAGGGUGGAAGCAAAGUGGGACGAGCAGCAGCAGUAGCAGCAGCAGCAGGAAACGAAGACAACCCCGCCGCGACGACAGCAUUUCGCGAAACCCUCGACGAAGGCGCGGAGGACGAUGUUGAUGCCGGCGGCGGCGGCGGUGGAGCGGGGGGAGGGAGUGCGAAGAAGGACGUUGUUGUUGAUGCGAGCUCCAACAACGCCAACCUAAGAGUGCCACGCGGCAAGCGGAGCAAGCUCAAGCGCAUGAAGAAGAAAUACGCGGAGCAGGAUGACGACGACCGAAAGCUCGCGAUGGAGGCUUUGGGGAAGGCUCCGCCUCAGGACGACGAGGACACCGGAGGCGGCGGUGGUCGCAGGCGGUUCCUGAGACCGGGAGACAGGGCUGAAGCAGCGGCGGCGGAGGCGGCGGCGGCAGCGGCGGCGUCGAAAAAUCUCCGGAAGACGGAGGCUGAGCUAGCGGCGACUCUGGCGGUCCUCGACGCUGACGUUCGAGGCAGGCUGUCGGAGCUCGUUAAGCCCGACGAGCUCGACCCGUUCGAGGUUCGAGCAUUGGGAAAGUUCGACACUGCCGACGCCCUCGACAUUCUCGACCGGUUUGCCGAGGCAGACCUUCGUAAGGUGCGCAACCGGAGCGGCUUCCUGGCCGGGAUCAUGCGGAAGCACGGCUCUGCGUACACGGCUGCGGCCGAAUCCGCCGCCCCUGCCGCCGCGGCAGCGCUACCGCCACCGCCACCAGCAGCAGCAGCAGAACAAGAAGUAUCGGCUACGUCGGUAUCAGCAUCAGCAGGAGAAGCAGCGGAGGCGGCUACCACGGGCGUGUCUCCGCCGGCCCCGCCUACGGAAGACAAACGGGAGGAAGGAAAGAGGCAGGCGGCAGGAGAAGCGUGCCCCGUGGAGAGAGGGGAAGAGGCGCCAGUGGUGGCAGAGGAGAAGGAGGAGGCCGGAGGUGGCGGUGGCGACGGCGACGAGGCAGGCAGUCUUGGUGGCGAGAAAACAACGUGGGCACGCGAGGGAGACGGGGAGCAGCGGGAUGCGUGUAGACCGGAGGAUCAGGAAGCAGGAGGAGAAGAAGAGCCUCUCAGCCGCCGAGAACAGAAGAAGCGAGAGGAGGAGGAGGUCCGGAAGCUCCUGGAAGAGGAGGGGGCCGCCGGCGAAGACUUUGACGGCGGCGGCGAUGGCGGCGGUGCGAGCGAGCUCGACAGGCUCACCGGCAAGCCUCGGGACGAGGACGUCCUCCUGUUUGCCGUCCCCGUCUGCGGGCCGUACAUGAGCUUGCGCGACUACAAGUACAAGGUGAAGCUGACUCCCGGCAAGCAGAAGCGCGGGAAGGCCUCCAAGCAGGCGAUAGAAGUGUUUUCGAGAUCCAGAGACACGCCGGCCUCCCAGAAGGGACUGAUGAAGGGUAUCACGGACAAUGAGUGCGUCGCUGCCAUGAUCGGAGAUGUCAAGGUGGCGGUGGCCGGGCUAGCCCAGGCAACCCAGGCGAAGAAAAAGGCCAACAAGAAGAUCGCGCAGCGUGAUCCCCAGAAGUCUGCCAAGCAACCCAAGGGCAAGGGCGGUAAAGGCAGCAAGGGGAAGAAGUAAAACCCAUAUGGAUGGCUACAACCCUCCCGUGCUAUUUUCGGCAACACGGGUGGUAGUCUACCGGAUGGGUGCAUCUUCGUGCCCUGCACCCUACUCUUGCCGCCCCAUAGGCACCGGGAGGUGUCACGGCCCGCUCUCGGGUGUAAGAGGUAUUGACGAAGUCAGCACGGGGCAUAUAGAAGGCGGGAUGGCGUUGAAAAUAUGUCCUCCGUAGGCCAUUCAUUCCCGGCGCAGGCCAGGGGGAACCUGUAUUUUUGGAGGAUGUACACGCCGGUUGUCGUCGUAUUAGCAGGCCUCGCACCUUUUGUGUUUUUGUGGGUCCUCGCGUUGGUGCUGAAGCGUUCGACCGCGUUGGCACGCUUGCUUUGCGUCCGUGUUGGCGAGUUGGUUCUCGGAUUGAAUGAAUCGCAGAAAAAACUUGCCAUGGUGUGCCGCCUUCAACUUGACCGAAGUGCCCCCAGGUGCUCGGCACGAGCUCUAAUGCAAGAAGCUGUGAAGGG